AUGGUGCUGGAGGCGCUGCGGCCGCGGGUGGUGCGCUGGGCGCUGCUGGCCGCCUUCGCCGCCGGGGUGGCCGUGGGCUGGCAGGCGGGCCGGGCGCGCCGCCGCUUCCUGCGCUGGCGGCAGCGAUACCUCCAGCGCCGCCUCGCCGCCGCGCAGGAGAAGCUGGAAGCGGCCUGAGCCCGGCAUGGCCUGGCAGCGGGCUCCCGGGGAUCCUCCGGUGGGUUCGGCUCCUCCGGAGCUCCGGUGGGCGCUGCCCGAGCCGCUGGGAACGGGGGAAGCGCUGCUGGGGAAGGACA